GGCGUGGUACGACAUGACAAGAAUACGAAAGACCCCGGCAUUCCCAACUCGUGGCCCUUUAAACAGGAUCUUUUGAAAGAAAUCCAGCGUUCACGGGAGCUAAAGGAGCUUAUGGAACAAGCCAAUCGCGACCGGGCUCAGUAUGCCGCUAAACAAGAAGAAGAGGACAACAGCGACGAUGAUGGAGAUUCUGGCGAAGGACAGCGUAAGGAUGGUACUAAGGCUGCGGGGCAACAGUCUCGUCGAGCUUAUUUGCGCGAGUUGAAAAAAGUUGUUGACACGGCAGACGUUGUCUUGCAAGUUUUGGAUGCCCGGGAUCCGAUGGGAUCGCGGAUCAGUCCAGCCAUAGAAAACGUUAUUCUUUCACGUGCCGAUAAGCGUAUGGUACUGGUUUUAAAUAAGAUUGAUUUGGUACCGAAAGAAGUUGUCGGGAGCUGGUUGACAACCUUGCGACGAUCACAUCCUGCAAUCGCCAUCAAGGCGAGUCAGCAUGGGUCAUCGAAUAGUGAUGAUACAACUUCUUCCGCUACUACUGUAACGGUUCCGGUUGGUAUGGAUGGUCUGUUGCAGUUGCUCAAGAACUACGCACGUACUGGAGGAACCGGUGGCAAAAGCAAGACAACCAUUGUGGUUGGAAUAAUUGGGUACCCAAAUGUUGGCAAGAGUAGUAUCAUUAAUGCUUUGAAGCGAUCACGUGCGGUUGGUGUCAGUCCCAGGCCAGGUUUCACAACUACGAUGCAGGAAGUUGUUUUGGACCGCAAUGUUCGACUAUUGGAUAGUCCUGGAGUGGUGUUCGAUGACAGGUCCGCUUUGCUAGGAAAUUGCGUCGAUGCAGAAUCUAUUGAGGAUCCCAUUCCACCCGUGACGGCUUUACUAAAGCGUUGCAAUCAUGCGAGUUUGCUAAUGACCUAUAACAUUCCGGCGUUUCCACCUGGCGAAGUCAUGAUGUUCUUGGCCAUGGUGGCACGUUCGUAUGGGCGUGUUCUCAAGGGUGGCAUCCCGGAUAAAGAGGCCGCAGCGCGAGCAGUACUAAAGGACUGGAAUAAUGGAAAGAUUCCAUACUACACUGCUCCGCCUAAA